GUUUGUUGUUGCCGCCUUUGUUUGAUGUGAGGCUUCAUUAAAAGGCACGCGCGCUUCCGGACGGACUGAGAAGCUAAUUAGGAACUUUUUUUUAAUUUUAUUUUGCCCGGGGACGGGAUGUCUUUAGUCCGAGUGGACUACAUUGCGCCCUGGUGGACUUACUGGCUUCACAAUUUCCCUCAUAUCAACUUAAGGUUUCAAGGCACGGACAAAAGCUUCCAGCCUGAAGAUGAGGACUACCAGCAGUCUCUCAUAUUUCUGGGAUGUGUGGCAGCUGCGGGCCUCGGCCUCAACCUUCUGUGUUUGGCCAUCUACCUGAGCUGUUUGUGCUGCUGCAGCAAAGACGAAGACGAGGAAAGCAAGAAGCCCAACUCCUGCUGUGUCACCUGGUCGGCUGUCGCUGCUGGUCUUAUCACAUGCAUCGCAGUGGGUGUGGGUUUCUAUGGCAACAGUGAGACCAAUGAUGGCGUUUACCAGCUGACCUACUCCUUGUACAACGCCAAUCACACACUGGGUGGAGUGGACAGUCUGGUGACUGGCACCAUGGGCAACAUGAGGACCGGUCUGCACCAGCACCUCGCAAGGCUGGAUGAGAUCUUCGCCACACGGGGCGACUACGUGCAGACCCUGCAGUUCAUGCAGCAGAUGGCCGACAACGUGAUCAAACAGCUGCUGGGCCUGCCCGACUGGGACGUGUCUAAAGUGGACCUGGCGUCCAUCGCUGAUCAAAUGGCAAACAUAGAAUAUUACAGGUGGCUGACCUAUCUGCUGCUGCUCAUCCUGGACCUGAUCAUCUGCCUGCUGGCCUGUCUGGGACUGGCCAAGCAGUCCCGGUGGCUGCUCACCACGAUGAUGGUGUUUGGAGUCCUGACGUUGAUCCUGAGCUGGACGUCUCUGGGAGCUGACCUGGCCACAGCUGUGGGCACAAGUGAUUUCUGUGUGUCGCCUGACAAGUACAUCAUGAGUCAGACAAAAGGGAUCAUCACCGCCGAUAUCGUUCACUACUACCUUUACUGCAACCAGACUCUCUCUAAUCCCUUUCAGCAGCCUCUAACCAUCUUCCAGAGGUCUCUGACCACCAUGCAGAUCCAGAUUCAGGGCCUGCUGCAGUUCGCCGUGCCUCUGUUUCCCACAGCCGAGAGAGAUUUACUGGGUAUCCAGCAUUUGCUGAACUCCUCCGAGGCCAGCCUGCAUCAGCUCACCGCCCUGCUGGACUGCAGGGGGCUCAACAAGGACUACCUGGAUGCAAUGGUGGGGGUGUGCUAUGACGGGGUGGAGGGUGUUCUGUACCUCUGCCUCUUCUCCAUCCUUGCAGCCUGUGCCUUCACUGUAAUGCUGUGCGCUGUUCCCAGGGCAUGGAGACAAAUUGCCAGCAGAGAACGGGAUUACGAUGACAUUGACGAGGAGGACCCGUUCAAUCCCCGAGCGAGAAGGAUGGACUCCCAGAACCCCAACCACGCCAACAUGCACAGCUUCUGCAGCUACAGCAGCAGCAUGGGCAGCCAGACCAGUCUGCACCCGCCCGCCCCCACCGUCUCCAACGGCCCCAUGUCUGAGUACAUGAACCAAACGGCUCUUUUUGGAGGAAACCCGCGGUAUGAAAACGUGCCUCUGAUAGGACGAGGCUCCCCACCCCCCUCGUACUCUCCCACUAUGAGGGCCACCUACCUGUCCAUGACCGAAGAACAAAGUAGACACUUUGGAGGGGACUUCCAAGCAUAGACUUCUUUACUUGUCGAAGGUUGGAAGCAGCGUCACUUUCCCUCAAAAAGCAGGACUUUGUGGCUGUGAGAAGUA